CAAUUGUGAACCGAAGCUGAGCAAUCUUUCCCACGCUCGCUCUCAUUUGCUCUCUCUCGUCUCAUAGCAGCUUUCUUUUGUGUCCAAAGGGAUGGCUGAGAAUUCAGGAGUCAAUAACAACCAUGGGGUUGUCCUGAAUGUUGAGAAUGAUGAUAUUACUCGUGAUCGUCCUACCUUAGCCGCCAAACCCAACCAUGAAUCGGGGUCCCGUAUCUCUGUAUCUUUCAUGAAAAAGGUGUCUCCUCGUCUGCGUGUCUCUGCUGCUUUCAUGCAAAAGUUGAUGGCCGAGGUGGUGGCUACAUACAUCAUGAUAUUUGCCGGCUGUGCAUCGGUGCUGACGAAUUUGAACUACGAAAAUGUGGUGGGUUUGAUAGGAAUUUCAAUGACUUGGGGGCUGGUUGUGAUGGCUCUGGUCUACACUGUUGGUCACGUCUCCGGUGCCCAUUUUAACCCAUCAGUGACCAUUUCUUUUGCCAUUUACAAAAGAUUUCCAUGGAAACAGGUGCCCGGAUAUAUAUUAGCUCAAGUCCUUGGAUCAACACUGGCAAGCGGAACCCUUCGAUUAAUCUUCAAUGGGCACGAAAACCAAUUUUUUGGAACAAUGCCGGCUGGAUCAGACUUGCAGGCUUUUGUGAUGGAGUUCAUAAUCACAUUCUUCCUCUUGUUUAUCAUAUCCGGUGUUGCCACUGAUUCCAGAGCUGUUGGAAAGCUUGGUGGGCUUGUUGUUGGGUCUACGGUCCUACUUAACGUAUUGUUUGCAGGGCCAAUUACAGGAGCAUCAAUGAAUCCAGCAAGAACCUUGGGACCUGCAAUUAUACACAACAAAUACAGAGGGUUAUGGAUAUACAUGAUAGCACCCGUUCUUGGGGGUAUCUCGGGUGCAUCGGCCUAUAAUUUCCUCAGGAUGCCCGACAAGCCAGUGCCCGAGAUCACCGAGGCUAGCUCUUUCCUGACAGAGUAAAAAAAAAUAACAACUCCAACUGAUGAAUGGGUUAAUUUUCUCCCUUUUUUAGCAUGUACUGCUGGGAUCAUAGUGCAAGGAGGAACCACCAUUUUAGUCUGUUUUCAAUUACACUAUAUUAUCACUUCAUCAGUACAUACUUUGAAACGUGAGUUUACUAUUAUUGGUGUCAUUUGAAUAACUAUUUGAGUGUAACUAAAUGACUUCGAACAAGAGGAAAAGCAAAGUCCUGCACAUUAUUAACGUGAGGUGGGAAGGCGAAGAGACAAAGUCAAAGGGGAUAAACUGCAUGAAUGUAAAGUACGUCACCAUGUUUAUCUUGUGGAAGAUAAAUGCUGAUAACAAUGCAUCAGUUCAAAAAGUUGUGCAAAUGACUUUUAGUUACGGGAAAUGUUA